AUGACCCCUCCCAAGGAGCCUGCCAAGUGCCCCCUUUGCCAAAUCACCUAUUCUUGCCUGGGCAGGCAUUUGGUUGGCCGGCAUGCCGUUAAAAACCCGGAGGAGCGGCGCAUCCUGAUUAAUUAUGGGAGCGGCAGGGUCAACUUCCGCCAUCUUCCCUGCCCGGUCCCAGGAUGUGGCUUUUCGAAGACGCGUGUGGACCGGCACCUGUUGGUGGGGCACAGCGAGAUGGAGGACGGCGCCAUCCAGAAGAUCAUCGAGGAUCUGAAAAAGAAGGUGACGGUGGAUGCUCUAAGGGCGCUUAGGGCCUCCCACCCUACCCCCCCCAUUAUCUCUAACCUGGACAUUGGCACUGACCACGAGGAGCUGAUCCACGAUUCCGCAGACGUGGUGGACUCCUCGUGUGCUCAGUGCCAGGCCUACCAGAAGGAGGUAGAGAUCCUCAGAAAGCAGCUGCGGCUGAAGCAGCGGUGGGUGAAGCGGGCGAAGGCCAGGAUCGCAGCAUUGGAGCAGAAUUCCAAUGCUGCGGCCGCUGCGGCCCCCGCCCCUGCUGCUGCUGCUGCUGCUGCUGGUGCUGCUGCCGCCUCCUCGUCCUCUGCCUCCGCCGCCGUCCCUGGAUCCCUGGAGGAUCUGAUGGAGGAUCUCCCGGAGGACUUCCUGGAAGAGGAGGGGCCUUCUGAGGAUCGGGGGGGGGAUGCCGCUGCCGCCGUUUCCCUCUCGGUGCUCAAACAGUACACGGCUGCAUUUCCCGUCCAAAUCCUCCUGUUCGUCGAGGGCUAUUGGGCUCACCUCAAGGGCUCCUUCGCCACUCCGAAACAGGAGGAGAACCAAAAGUCAAAGAUCGGGCGGGUGAUGCAGUUUCUCCAGUACAUGAACGAGGGGAGGACGGUGAUUGCCAACUGGACCUUCCUUUGCAAUGUAACGAAGAUCCAUGACUGGCCGGAAAAGCUGACGCAGCAGGGCAAGGCAGUGACAACGGUGAAGUUGUACAUGGGGAACGUGCUGGAGUUCCUCACCUACUUCAGGGACACGCCGCCCUCCAGCUCACGGGUCCCCAAGAAGUCCCUGGUGGCAGCUCUGAGGGCAGUGUCGACGGGCCUCCGACAGCUGUCCAGGCAUGUGCUCCUCCGGCAGCUGCAGGUCAAGAAGUCCAAAUCCAAGAAGGUAAUCCCAAAAGCCGACCUCUCUGCCUGCCGGAGGAAAGCACAGAAGGUCAUCCCGCAGAUCCUCGAGGCUUUCAACGAGAGGCCAACCCAUCCAAACAUGCGCCGGUUCUAUGGCUACCUGAGUGCCUACCUGUCUAGCAUUUACGGCCAUAGAACCGGCGUGCUGACCAACAUGAAGGUCGCAGAGCUGGACGAGGCCCGGGAGGACGCAAAGUCCGGUACCUCCGGCUUUGUGAUCAAUGUGAAGGACCACAAGACCAACAAAUCCUUCGGGCCCGCCCAGCUUUACUUAACAAUGGGCGAGUUUGCCUGGCUGGAGCUCUGGUCUGAGCUGCGGGGCAAACUGAACCCCUCCACCGAUCUUCUGCUCUUCAACGAGAAUGGGCAGAAGAUCAACAAUAUGCAGCAACACCUGCAGAACGCCUGGAGGGAGAUGGGCUUCUCCGGCUUCCCCACCUUCACGGACUUCCGGACCUCUGUGGCCACCUAUGCACGAGACGUCCUUUCUCCGGGCUCCCGCCAGAAGGUCUCGAAGGCAAUGUGCCAUGACGUGGUCACCGCCGACCGGUACUACGCCAUGGCGCAGGACGCCGCUUCUCUGGCCGAGCUCCGGAGGAAGUUCGUCCAGGCGACGGACCCAGAGGUCCCUUCAGCGUCAGGCUCUCUGGCGACCGUCGUCCGCUCCGAGUCCUCGGAGUCGGAGGACGAAGGGGAGCCUGCGCUGAAGAAGAGGGCGGGACCUGAGUCCACCCAGGAGGGGGAGUCGGAAGGCGACUCCAGCAGCCAGUCCAGCAGCCAGUCCAGCAGCCAGUCCAGCAGCCAGUCCAGCAGCCAGUCCAGCAGCCAGUCCAGCAGCGAGGAGGGUCCGUCCUCGUCCGCCCGGACGGGGCACUCUUCCUCCGCCCAGGAGCUGCCUUUGGCACAAGAGCUGCCCCUGUCCCAAGAGCUGCCGUUGGCCCAGGAUCUUCCUUCCGCCCAGCAGGUGCCCUCUUCCUCCGCCCAGGAGCUCCCCUCUGCCCAGGAGCUCCCCUCUGUCCAGGAGCUCCCCUCUGCCCAGGAGCUCCCCUCUGCCCAAGAGCUCCCCUCUGCCCAGGAGCUGCCGUUCUCCCAGCAGGUGCCGUCUCCCUCCGGCCAGGAGCUCCCCUCUGCCCAGGAGCUCCCCUCUGUCCAGGAGCUCCCCUCUGCCCAGGAGCUCCCCUCUGCCCAAGAGCUCCCCUCUGCCCAGGAGCUGCCGUUCUCCCAGCAGGUGCCGUCUCCCUCCGGCCAGGAGCUGCCUUUGGCUGAAGAGCUUCCCUUGGCCCGAGAGCUGCUGUUUGAAGAAGAGCUGCCAUCCGCCGAGCACGUGCCGUCUUCCUCCGCCAACGAGCUGCCCUUGGCCCAAGAUCUGCCGCUGGCCCAAGAUCUGCCGCUGGCCCAAGAUCUGCCGUGCGCCCAGGAGGCGGCGUCCUCCGCCCAGGAGCUGCCGUGCGCCCAGGAGGCGGCGUCCUCCGCCCAGGAGCUGCCGUGCGCCCAGGAGGCGUCGUCCUCCUCCCAGGAGCUGCCGUGCGCCCAGCAGGGGCCGUCUUCCUCCGCCCUGGAGGUAACCCCCUUUUACCGCCGUAAAAGCCCUAUUGCUAAUUAUAGGCUGCGACUGAGGGCAGAGCAACGUGCCGCCAAAGGCAAGAAAAAAUAGUUAUCUUUUAGUGUUUCCUUUUUUGUAAAUAAAUGUGUUCAUUCGUUCUUUUUA